AUGGCGCCGAGCAACGCGCUGCUGGGCCAGGGCCUGGGCUCGGCGCUGGCCUUGGUGGCCAGCUUCAUCGUGGCGGUGCCGCUGUCGGAGAACAGCCGCGACUGCCAGGGCCGCUGCCUGCUGUUCGCCGAGGGCUUGUGGCUCCACGCCAACCUGACGGCCGAGCGGCAGCGCUUCGCCGUGCAGGAGUGGGGUCCCCCGCCCGCCUGCCGCUUCGCCCUCGGCGCCGCACUCCUCUCCCUGCUGCUCGCCGCCGCCCAGGCCGGGAGGACCCUCUUCCUGCUCUGCAAGGGCCACGACGACUCUUUCUUCUAUGCUUUCCUGAAUCUGCUGAUCAGCGCCUUCGUUGUCUUCAUCAUCUUUAUUGCCAGCACGAUUGUGACCGUGGGCUUUAAAAUGUGGUGCGAUACUAUUACCGACAAAGGCAGCAUGCCGUACAGCUGUGAAGAGUUACAGGAUAUAGAUCUUGAGCUGAAUUUGGAAAACUCAUCGUUCUACGACCAGUUUGCCAUCACGCAGUUUGGCCUCUGGGCUGCCUGGCUGAGUUGGCUAGGAAUUACCAUUUUGGCCUUCAUGAAGGUUUAUCAUAAUUACCGACAGGAAGACCUCCUGGAUAUCCUGAUUCACGAGAAGGAGUUUUUGCUGGGACGAUCUUCACCACGAACUUCUUUUCAGGAUGAAAAAAGCGGCAUGAUCUAACAGGUGGAUGA